AUGGCGGCGGUUGUUGUGAAGAGAGUGGCCUCCUCGGAGACUAUUGGCCCCUCGAGCAAGCGUUCGAGGAAGAGCGGUGGUGCCAGACGUGUUCUUAAGAGUCUGGUGAAUGAGAGAGCGGUGCUUCUGCCAGAACCUCGGGGCUCCCCUCCGGUAUGGGCCGACAAGAGACAAGGUCUCUGCAGUGCCCUUCCUUACUAUAAAGGAUAUCAAUCUGGAGGAUACAUUUCCGGAAAUGUUUUGAUGGGGAGCUUGCUGGAUGGAUUCCCAGCUGAGAGAGACUUGGUUGAUCCCAAUGGUGUCAUCAUCAUGAAUAUUGGAGGUGGUCGUGAUGUCGCGGAGGGUGCCACCUCCAACACAAGGGAGCGCCAGCGAGACCAAGGUUGCCCGUUGAUGUUGAGAGGUUCCUUGAGAGCCCUGUCAAAGAACCAGUAUAUUGGCAUUAUGGUUGGUGAGAUGAGCCCCUUGAUGCCAUCUAAGAUGCCCCAUGCCUAUAACGUCUUGGACUGGUACUUCAUCACCGACAUCUGGGCUGAGAAAGAUGUCAAUGGUUUCAAAUUCUGGAAGAUGAAGCUGGAAAUUGUUAACCCUGAAAAUGAACCUUGGUGGGUGCCAGCGGGCACGACGGUCUCUCCUAGCCCUCGCCCUGGAGACUACGAAGCCCCGAUCCAGCACUGUGAGGUUUGCCGGAAGCCAUCCAAGCAGAUCUUUUCCCAAACGUGGACCUGCCUCAACUACCCCUGUUCGGCCUUCUUCAAUCUUGGUGACGUCAAGUUUGCCGAUCUCAAAUAUUCCAAGAAGUUUCUGAAGGAGAGGACCACCUACAUCGGAAAGGAUCCCGAGGUAGCUGGCGGCGCGAGGGAGUUUCCGCCUAGCCUUGUCCCGACUCUCCCAACCAUUGCCGAAGGAGAUGCCGGCACUGAGAAGCACCUGAAGCAGGGCCUUGUCUGUCCUAGGUGCUUUGGUUGUUCUCCUCGGAGCCAUUGGGCGGGAUGGUUCUGCGACACCCCGGGCUGCGGCUUUAAGUUUGAGAGCACCAUGAGGCCCAUCGCAAUUUCUGAGAUUGACAACAGCACUAUCAGAAUGAGCUUCGAGAAUCGAAAGCCUAAGCGCCACGAGGGCAUGGUCGGAAUUUCCAGUAGCUUCAGCACGGAAGGCUACGAGGUCACCGUCACUCCUCUCCUCGACCUUCUCAAUGGAGAGCCGAACCCCAAGCGAGCUGUUGGCAUUCUCGCCCAUUUCCGCCCUUCCGGGGAGACCAGGGCUGCACUCAACGGAGCCGACGACAGCUUCCAGGAUCUCCACGAGCAUGCAACCAAGGAUGACUGGAUGCGCCUGCCGGUCAGACACAAGGGUGGCAAGAGCGAAAUCAUUACUAGUCAUUUCGCACAGAACUACGGCGCCCAAUAUAAAUACGUCGUCUCCGUGGCUUCUAAGAGCUUCAGUGAUGCCCCUGACACCGUCCUCCGUGCUCUCUUGCGAAUGAGGUGGGCCGGCAAGCAGGCCAUUGAUCAUGCGGAGAAGUCGGUGAAAGAGCUGGAGGGCAAUGGAAAAGUCGAGGUUGCCCAGUCCCUGGAGUUCAGUUUUGUUGAGUUUAAUGAGCUCCUUGCCCUCGGCUAUUUUGAGGAUGAUAAAAUUAACUGGCAUGACGACGGCGAGGACACGCUGGGCCCAACCGUGGCCACGAUCUCUCUGGGUUCGCCCUCGACCAUGUCUUUCCGUCCCAAGCUCAAGGGCAAGGAUAAGAAGGGCAACAACUCGGUGUUCGACUUGCACUUGUUCCAUGGCGACAUUGUGGUCAUGCAUGGCACUGACAUCCACAGGUGCUACGAACAUCGGGUUAUUCCUCACGGAAAGCGGCGAUUUGCUCUCACCAGCCGACAUAUCAGCCUUGACAAGCUCGACACGGACGAAGACCGCCGACUUGCACAAGAGCUUGGUGCCAUUCCGGAGAGGGCUCUGCACCCCGACUUUCUCACCGGUCCCAACCAGCCGACGGCCUAG